AUGGAGGGCGUUGAUCUUACCAAGGCCGUGUUGAACAAGGGUAAACAGAUGGCGAGCGUCGCUGCCUCCGCCGCCAAUGGCAACGGCGGUAAGAAGAGGAGAAAGGGGACCGACCUCAAACCUAUCGUCACGAAUGAUGCAAGUCAAGCCGCAUCGGGCCAUCCACUGGAAUCGACGGGCGCCACGCCUCAUGCUAACCCGAAAGGCACGGGAGCCACAUCGCGCUCGCCAUCCCUCUCGUCGGGCGACGAGCUCGAAACCGCCGCGGAGGAAGAGGAUUCGGAGGACUAUUGUAAAGGCGGAUACCAUCCCGUCCACCCCGGCGAAACGUACAAUGGCGGUCGCUACGUUGUGGUGCGCAAGCUCGGAUGGGGCCAUUUCUCGACCGUCUGGUUGUCCCGCGAUACCAAGACCAACAAACACGUCGCGCUGAAGGUCGUGCGCUCCGCUGCCCACUACACCGAAACCGCUAUCGAUGAGAUCAAACUACUCAACCGCAUCGUCCAAGCGAAGCCCUCCCAUCCGGGUCGCAAACAUGUUGUCAGUCUGCUGGACUCGUUCGAGCACAAAGGCCCCAACGGUGUCCAUGUUUGCAUGGUCUUUGAAGUGCUGGGCGAGAAUCUGCUGGGUCUGAUCAAGAAAUGGAAUCACCGAGGGAUUCCAUCCAUGUUGGUCAAACAGAUCACCAAACAAGUGCUGCUGGGCCUGGAUUAUCUCCACCGGGAGUGUGGCAUCAUUCAUACUGAUCUGAAGCCGGAAAACGUGUUGAUCGAUGUCGGUGAUGUUGAGCAGAUCGUGAAGGCGCAUGUCCAGGAGGAGGAGAAGAAAGAAAACAAAGAGGAUAACCGCAACGGCCGGCGGCGACGCCGUACUUUGAUUACAGGCAGCCAGCCGCUCCCCAGUCCAAUGAACAGCAGCUUUGGCAGCUUCGACUUCAAGCAUAGCUCCAGCAACUCACACAGCAGCCUGAGUCAGAUGGUGAAUGAGGUGGUGAAAGAGGAGGGAGCCCCGGGCGAUGUUCCCUCUAUGAAGGAGGCGUUGGGUAUCAAGGAUGAGGAUGAGAAGCAGAAGGCAAGAGAGAAGACAACUGAUCUCCUGGAGAGAGAGGUGUCCGGUAUUUCUCUCGACAAGAGCUCUUCAACCCACUCCCUCGACCAGAAGGCUAAUGCCAACUCGGUCGACAACAACCCUUUUGCUGGUCUUAUUUCAGUCAAGAUUGCCGAUCUAGGUAAUGCUUGCUGGGUUGGCCAUCAUUUCACCAACGAUAUCCAGACCAGGCAAUACCGGUCGCCGGAGGUUAUCUUAGGUUCUAAAUGGGGUGCCAGUACAGACGUUUGGAGCAUGGCAUGCAUGGUUUUCGAAUUGAUUACCGGAGAUUACCUAUUCGACCCCCAGUCCGGCACCAAAUACGGCAAAGACGACGAUCACAUUGCCCAGAUCAUUGAACUUCUGGGCCCCUUCCCCAAAUCACUGUGUCUCUCUGGUAAAUGGUCCCAGGAGAUUUUCAACCGCAAGGGCGACCUGCGAAAUAUCCACCGCUUGCGCCACUGGGCCUUGCCUGAUGUCCUACGAGAGAAGUAUCAUUUCACAGUGGAAGAAAGUAUGCGAAUCAGCGAGUUCUUAUUACCGAUGCUUGACCUGCACCCUGAGAAGCGUGCCAAUGCUGGAGGUAUGGUUGCGUCCGAAUGGUUACAGGAUACACCGGGCAUGCAGGGAAUCGAUCUGGGCAUCACGCCAGGAACACGGGGCGAAGGGAUUGACGGUUGGGCGGCGGAAGUCAAGCGUCGAUAG